CCUUCUCCGUUUAUACCAAUUUAUGCUCUUUUUUCUUUCUUUCUUUCUUCCUUGCUUCUUCUUCUUCUCCUGCUGUAACUCCCCAACAACACAAAAACCUCAAUAACACAAACCACACCCUAUCUCUCCCUUUAUAUUAACAACACCAGAUCACUAAUAUUAAUAAUUAUAAUAAUUAAUCACCGAGUGGAUCAAAGGGUUCCUUCGGAGCAAAUAAAUUUUCGCACGGGCUGGGGACAUGAUGAGAGCAGCAAACAUGGCUCUGGAAUGUGUACCUUAUCACCCUAACUACUAGCUAUAGAUCAGGAGAGGAAAGAGCCCUCGGUUUUUCUUUUCUUUUUAAUUUUUUUAUUUGCACUUUUCUACACUCUUUUUGAUAAACUCCAUGGAGGACCAAGCGAAUCAGAACCAAAGCCAAGGUCCUCCACCGCCGCAGCCUCCACCACUUCCGGCUCCGGAAUCUGAACCACCGGUGGAGGAGGAGGAAGAGGAUGAAGAAGACGAUUCCAAGAAAGAGGAAGAGGAACUUGUCGCCAAGGUUAACAGGCUCAUGGAGAAGAUUAUUUCUGCGCCCGAUAACCCUAAGCCCGCGGUUCUCCACGCCCUGGCCUCUAUCCUCGAAACGCAAGAGUCACGAUACAUGGAAGAGAAUGGUUAUUCUUCUUCAAGUAAUGCCCGUGCUGCCCAUAACAUUGGGCGCCUUGGGAGCUUAAUUCGGGAAAAUGACGAGUUCUUUGAGUUGAUAUCUUCGAAGUUUCUGGCAGAAUCGACGUACUCAACUGCCGUUCAAGCUGCCACUUGUAGACUUCUCUUAUGCUGUUCACUGACUUGGAUUUAUCCUCAUGUUUUUGACGAACCUGUACUGGACUGCAUCAAAGAGUGGGUGCUGGAUGAUAAUGGUAGACUAUCUGCUGAAGAGCAAAAUCUGAAGCAUAACUCAGGGAGAAGGGAUGCCUCAGAUUCUGAAAUGUUGAAAACCUAUUCAACAGGAGUUCUUGCUGUGUGUUUGGUUAGCGGAGGUCAAGUUGUGGAGGAUGUAUUGACAUCUGGAUUGUCAGCUAAGCUCAUGCGUUAUCUCCGUCUGCGUGUGCUUGGUGAGACAAGUAGCAGCCAGAAAGAAAUUACUCAUGCAACAGAUAGUAGGCAUGCAUCAGGGAAUAGUUCAGUCAGAGUUAGAGAUGAUGGUCGUGGAAGAUUUCGCCAGCUCUUGGAACCUUGUCAUUUAGAUGAUUCACGGAUGGUUGAUGAUAGAUCUUUAGAUGAUGUAUCUCUUGAAAGGGGUCUUGAUAAAAGCAUUAGUGGACAAGAAGAUUCCUGGGUUGAUGGCGAGCCCCCUGACUUGCUUGGCAAAAAUGCUGAUAUCCGUGAGGCAGAUGCUGAUGAUGAGGAUAGAUGGCACUGUACAGAUAUAAGUGAUGGAAGGAUGAAAUACGGCGAGCAUGAUGACAAUUUGAGAGAUGAUUCUUCGAGAAGGCGCACAAAUCGUGGAUGGGGAAGAUCCAAAGGAAAAGGAAGGGUCAACGAAGGGACUGUAGAAAGUGAAGCCAUUGUUUCAUCACCUGGUUCUGGUAGUCGACUAGGGCAGGGACGUAGUGUCAGAGAUAGGACCAUGCAGAGGAAUGUCGAUGUUAGAAGGGUGCCUGAUUCUAAAAAGAAUGCUAGGACGACUUCAGAUGCUUCUGUUUUGGAAAGAGGGGAUAAUGAUGAUUGCUUCAGAGACUGCCGUAUUGGAAGUAGAGAUAUUUCUGAUAUUGUUCGGAAAGCAAUCUGUGCUGCUGAAGCUGAAGCCAGAUCUGCCAAUGCACCUGAUGAAGCUGUUAAAGCAGCUGGUGAUGCGGCUGCUGACCUUGUUAAAACCACAGCUUCAGAGGAGUUUAAAUCCACUAAUGAUGAAGAUGCUGCUGUUUUGGCUGCUUCAAGGGCUGCAUCCACUGUUGUUGAUGCUGCAUCUGCAGUUGAGGUUUCAAGGAGCUCCAUUAGUAUCAAUACUGAAACAGAGAAUGUGAGUGGUACAGAACCGGAAAUUGUUGAGGAUGUUGAAGAGUACUUCAUCCCAGAUAUCCAAUCCCUUGCACAAUUAAGGGAAAAGUAUUGCAUUCAGUGCCUUGAGUUACUUGGAGAAUAUGUAGAAGUUCUUGGCCCCGUGUUACAUGAAAAGGGAGUAGAUGUAUGUCUUGCUCUUCUGCAGCAAAAUUCCAAACAUCGGGAGGCAUCCAAGGUUGCUUUACUGUUGCCUGAUGUCAUGAAGCUGAUAUGUGCUUUGGCUGCUCAUAGAAAAUUUGCUGCACUAUUUGUGGACCGUGGGGGAAUGCAAAAGCUGCUAGCUGUCCCUAGAAUGGCUCAAACUUACUUCGGCCUAUCGUCUUGUCUAUUUACCAUUGGUUCCCUUCAGGGAAUAAUGGAAAGGGUUUGUGCUCUUCCGUCAGACGUCGUUUUUCAUGUUGUUGAGUUGGCUCUCCAACUCCUGGAGUGCAACCAAGAUCAAGCGCGCAAAAAUGCGGCAUUGUUUUUUGCCGCUGCAUUUGUCUUCAGGGCAGUUCUUGAUGCUUUUGAUUCUCAAGAUGGAUUACAGAAAUUACUGGGUCUUCUAAAUGAUGCUGCGUCGGUAAGGUCUGGAGUAAAUUCUGGAGCCUUGGGCUUAUCAAGUGCAGGAUCUCUUCGGAAUGAUCGAUCAUCUGCAGAAGUGCUGACAUCAUCUGAGAAGCAGAUUGCCUACCACACUUGUGUUGCUUUGCGACAAUAUUUCAGGGCACAUCUCCUUUUAUUAGUUGAUUCAAUUCGCCCAAACAAAAGUAACCGUAGUGCUGCUAGGAACAUCCCAAGUGUAAGGGCCGCAUACAAGCCACUUGAUAUCAGUAAUGAGGCCAUAGAUGCAGUAUUCCUACAAUUACAAAAAGAUCGGAAGCUUGGUCCUGCAUUUGUAAGAACUCGCUGGCCAGCUGUGGAGAAAUUCUUGGCUUAUAGUGGCCAUAUUACUAUGUUGGAAUUGUGUCAGGCCCCACCUGUGGAACGAUAUCUGCAUGAUUUGCUCCAGUAUGCAUUGGGUGUUCUGCAUAUUGUGACUUUGGUACCUAGCAGUCGUAAGAUGAUUGUAAAUGCAACACUAAGCAAUAAUCGUGUUGGUAUAGCAGUGAUUUUGGAUGCUGCAAAUAUUGUUAGUAGUCAUGUGGAUCCGGAGAUCAUCCAGCCAGCAUUAAAUGUUUUGGUCAACCUCGUUUGCCCCCCACCUUCAAUCAGCAAUAAACCUGCUUUGGCUUCACAAAGUCAACAGUCUGCUUCUGCCCAGACCUCAAAUGCUCCACCCUUGGAGAGUAGAGACAGGACUGCUGAACGUAAUAACCCGGAUCGAGUGGCUGCUGUUACCAAUCAGAUUGAUCCUAGAGAAAGGAAUGGGGAAUCCAGUGCUGUAGAUCGAACGACAACGAUAUCUAGUUCACAAACACUGAAUAACACUCCACAAACUCCUGGUUCUGCAACAACCUCAGGAUUAGUUGGCGACCGGAGAAUCACUCUGGGUGCUGGAGCAGGUUGUGCUGGCCUAGCUGCACAACUAGAACAAGGAUAUCGUCAAGCAAGAGAAGCUGUUCGUUCUAAUAAUGGUAUAAAGGUUCUUUUGCAUCUCCUCCAACCUCGCAUAUAUUCACCACCUGCUGCUCUAGAUUGCCUUCGUGCUCUAGCAUGUCGAGUCCUACUUGGAUUAGCUAGAGAUGAUACAAUUGCACACAUAUUGACGAAGCUUCAGGUUGGGAAAAAGCUUUCAGAGCUAAUUCGCGAUUCGGGCAGCCAGACAACUGGAACAGAGCAGGGCAGGUGGCAAGCUGAACUUUCCCAGGCUGCAAUUGAGUUGAUUGGGAUUGUGACUAAUUCAGGGCGUGCAAGUACAUUAGCUGCUACUGAUGCAGCUACUCCUACCUUGAGGCGGUGUCCCUUUCUGACCCUUCAUGUCACUGUUAUGUUUUUCUUAUGCAGGGAACUUUUGCUCCUAAUUCAUGAACACCUGCAGGCAUCUGGAUUGUCACAAGCUGCUUCUACGUUGCUUAAAGAGGCUCAAUUGACUCCCUUACCAUCGUUGGCUGCUCCAUCUUCUCUUGCACAACAGCCAACCACACCAGAAGUUUCCUCAACAUCAAUUCAGUGGCCAUCUGGCCGGGCCCCUUCUGGAUUUCUCAGUAAUAAAUUAAAAGCUAAUGGAAGGGAUGAGGAUGUCAGCUUGAAAAUUGAUUCUUUCUCUGCAAAGAAAAAAUCAUUGACCUUUUCAUCAUCUUUUGGUUCACAUUCAAAACGUCACCUUGCUGAUUCACAGCAGCCCCCAUCCAGAAAAUGGUUAAGUACUGGGAAGGAAUCUUCAGAUACUAGUAUUCUAGAGAUGGCAUCUGAAUCUUCAGGGAAACAUAACAUUGAUACUGGAUCUCACUGUAAGACUCCAAUGAACAUGCCAACAAAGCGCAAGCUUUCUGAUUUAAAGGAUAUAGGAAUGUUCUCAUCAUCUGCCAAGCGGUUAAAUGUUGGGGACCAAGGACUUCGCUCUCCUAUUUUUUCAAGUUCAAUACGGAAAACUACUCAGCAUGCUGAUUUUGCCGGGCUUUCUACUCCAAUUUCUAACCUAAGAAGUACAGCUGACAAUGGGGAUGAGAACCAAUAUAGUAUUUCAAACCCAAGUCAGAUGACGCCAUCCUCCCAAGUGUUAAAUGAUCUUCAGCCCAACAACCCAGAACGAGUAACCCUUGAUUCUCUAGUGGUUCAAUAUUUAAAGCAUCAGCAUCGCCAAUGCCCAGCUCCUAUUACGACUCUUCCUCCACUCUCUCUUCUUCAUCCUCAUGUUUGUCCCGAGCCAAAGCGAAGCUUAGACGCUCCUUCUAAUGUGACUGCUCGGCUUGGUACACGUGAAUUUAAACUUGCAUAUGGAGGAGUGCAUGGGAAUCGCAAGGAUAGGCAAUUUGUUUACAGCAGGUUUAGGCCAUGGCGCACUUGUAGAGAUGAUGCUGGUGCCUUGUUAACAUGCAUUACCUUCCUUGAGGACUCUUCUCAUAUUGCUGUUGGGAGCCACAAUGGGGAGCUAAAAUUGUUCGACUCUAACAACAACAAUGUGGUGGAGAGCUACACUGGUCACCAGUCUCCUUUGACGCUUGUUCAGUCUUUUGUUUCUGGUGAGACCCAGCUGUUGCUUUCAUCAAGCUCCCAAGAUGUUAGGCUGUGGGAUGCAGCAUCAAUUUUGACUGGUCCUACCCAUUCAUUUGAUGGGUGCAAGGCUGCCAGGUUUAGCAAUUCUGGGAAUGUCUUUGCAGCCUUGUCAACUGAAUCUACACGGCGGGAAAUCCUCCUGUAUGAUAUCCAAACUUGUCAGCUAGAGUCGAAGUUGACAGAUACAUUUGCAACUUCUACUGGGCGUGGUCAUGUGUAUUCUUUAAUCCACUUUAGCCCCUCUGACUCGAUGCUGCUUUGGAAUGGUGUCUUGUGGGAUCGGCGGGUUUCUGGGCCUGUUCAUCGUUUUGAUCAGUUCACAGACUAUGGAGGUGGAGGCUUUCAUCCUGCUGGUAAUGAGGUAAUUAUAAACUCAGAAGUCUGGGAUCUGCGCAAGUUCAGGCUAUUACGUAGUGUUCCUUCAUUAGAUCAAACAUCAAUAACAUUCAAUGCACGUGGUGAUGUAAUGUAUGCAAUCUUGAGGAGAAAUCUUGAAGAUGUGAUGUCAGCAGUCCACACACGUCGUGUCAAGCAUCCUCUUUUUGCUGCAUUCCGAACAGUUGAUGCAAUUAAUUAUUCUGACAUAGCUACUAUACCUGUGGAUCGCUGUGUCCUUGAUUUUGCAACUGAGUCAACAGAUUCGUUUGUUGGAUUGAUUACUAUGGAUGAUCAAGAUGAGAUGUAUGCAUCAGCUAGAGUUUAUGAAAUUGGUCGCCGGAGACCAACUGAUGAUGAUUCUGAUCCUGAUGAUGCAGAAAGUGAGGAGGAAGAUGAGGAUGACGAUGAUGAUGAUGGUGAUGUAGAUCCACUAUUAGGCCCUGGUUUCCGUGGUGAGAGCGAUAGUGAUCCUGAUGACAUGAGCAAUGAUGAAGAUGAUGAUAGUAUAAGUGAACUUGAUGAUGAUGAAGAUGGUGACUUUAUGUUGGAUGAUGUCGAGUUCGACGGAGGACCUGGGAUAUUGGAGAUUUUGACGGAGGGGGAAGAGGAGGAUGAUGAAGAUAGUGAAGUACUCGAAUCCUUAAGUAGCGAUGAAGAGGAUUAUGUGGGUAAUGGCUUUGGUUAUUAACUGUUAAUCAAAGAGGCUGUAAUUAUUAUUUCUUUCUUUUCAUUAUAUUCAUUUUUGGCCGAAAGGUUUUUCUUUUU